UUUUCUUUGGCGUUGUUCCUGUGGCAUGAACUUUGACCUGAGUCUGAGUGCCCCCUUUGGUAUCUGUGGGUUAAUCCUAUUAUGUCCUGUCUUAGAGUUAGGGUGGGGUUUGUAGAUUUUAAGUGUCUUUGUCUUUUUUAAUCUUCUAGCUUCAACCUUCCUGAAUGGUUUACAUCUGCAUUUCUACAGAGCUGGUUUCUGCUUGGGGGAGGGAGACAGAAAAACUGGGCAUACUUUUCUGCCUUUUUAAGAUCCUUUGAGAAAAUAUAUUUGCCUGCCCUUUUAAUAUUUCCUUUUGGGGGGGGCUGACUUCCCACAUCUAUCUGCUAUCAUUGUCAACAUUUGUGACUCUGUAUCUUCUACUAGCAGCAAAACAAAAAAUAGCUGUUUCAGGGCUGAAACUUUCUGAUCCCCAAAUAUCCCAUUCUAGACUCAGCAGAGCUGUUCCAAUAUCACCAAAAUAUUCUAACAUGAGGAUAGACCAUUCUGACCUUACCAGAAGUUAUCCCAUCUCUAAACAUUUUGUACACAUCUUGUAAACAUUUCAGCAGGUGGUUGGCCUUGAAAGUCUACUCUUCAGUACUAUUGAAAGCCCUUGGUGAUAGCUGUUCACUGUUGCAUUCCCAGUUUUUACACAUCUUUGCACAUUUUUAAAUUAUUGUUAUUUGUGUUGCUCCUGUCAUUUGUCUUUAUCUGAGUUAUGAAGACAGGAAUUGCAUAUCAGUCAGAGUAAGCUCAAAUCAGAAUGCCUUAUAAGAAUUGAAAAAUAAACUGACAAAACCAAUAUUAACAACACAGAUUUGUAACUGCUUCUGCAGUUUGAUAAACUACUAGACCUUUACCUACAGCAUAGCUUUAUCAGCUAAUGUUUUGCUUUCAAGACUUAUUAGAAUGGAUUCCUGAUUUUAAAAGUCCCUCUUUGAGGGAGAUGGGCAGUUCAGAAAUGUCAAAAAUAAAUAAAUAAAUAACUAUGUUAUAGACUUUUGCCACAAUGAAAUCAGAGUAAUUCGUUUUAUUGUGACUACUAUUUAAUUCAGUCAAAGCCAAGCUUGGCUGCUUUAUCUUCCUUCCAUGCAAUUGUGCAUAGAAAUUGCUCUAAAUGAGAGAAAUCUAUGUCUGUAUUUCUGUACAUAAAAUAUGUACAGCCAUCAGAGAUUGAUUAAAGGUUCCAGGGAAAAAAAGGAUUAGUUCAUUUGGCUUCCUCUGACUUUUAAAUGGUGCGUUCUGGAAGCUGUGGUUGAACAAAUGGGUUGCAGUUUUGAAUUGCUGUACCCUUUGCUUGAAUACUAAGUAACACUGUAUGCUGAGCUUUAAAAGUACUUAGAAACAAAAUUGUUUUAGCUGGAGUAUAUCAAGUUUCAAUUCCUUCUUUUAUAGGAACUGUUGUGCUAUAAGUUGCACUUUAGGGGAGGAAUAAACUAAAGACUUAGUUGGAAAAAAUGUUGAUUUCAUAAUUUUAACAAGGAGCUAUUAAAUAUAAGCAGACUUCAAUCUUGGACUGUUACAUUGAGUUAUAUUGCAUUGUAUCCUUUGGCAAGUGAACAGAAGCUCUGUGUUUUUGUUUUUGUGUAUAUGCACACACCCACCUACAUUGUUUCUACUACCGGUAGUAUGAAAUCUCAUACUGUUCUGGAGGUCCUCCAGCUCUUUGGAGCAACUUGAAUAGCAGAGGCCUGCAGAGAGAAGAGAGAAAACAGAAAAUCAUUUUCCUUUCCCGUUUAAAAACCUCUUACAUCAAAAAGCCUUAUUUGAAUAGCAAAGGACAUAGCAAAGCUUUAACAUUAUAGUACAUUGUUUUAAACAGCCAGGUUUGUUAUUUUUUGAACAUUGUUUCACUCGGUCCGUUGCAGAUGCAGAAUUAACAUCAACACUUAAUUGCUAGGAUGUGUUUUUAAACUACAAUGGCAUUUUCCAAGAAACCACUGAAUUUCUGCAAACUUGUAUGUGUCAGUGCAAUAACUUUGACUUUUAGCAACGUACUUGAAACAUCUGAAUCACCACUCAUUCUGAAGAUGAAACCAGAGGAUUUUGAGUACAUUUUAUCAUGGAAAGCUGGAAAUAGUUCAAGGACAUCAGCAUGCUACACAGUGAUGUAUACAAUGAAAAGAAAUGUUAGCUGUAAUUUCCUUACCAUGGGAACAGAGUUGAAAUCAGCAGCAAAAGGCCAGGAACAAGUUAAUUCUUACAACUCUAGGUCUCAGGAAAGCCAGGAUUCAGACCAUCGUGUUGUGGGACCAGGGAAGCUGGCUACUUGCCCAGCUUUCUCAGAAACAGAUGCACAGAGAGCAGAAAUGAACUACUAUCUAAGAAAAUCAGACUUGAAGACAGUCCAGGAAUGUACUAGUAUUACAAGACUGUUCUGCAAUCUAACAAAUGAAUUUGCAGAUUUUUGCCAAGGAGAUGCAUUUAUUAUAGUACAGCAAGAUACCAGCAAUAGAACAAAUUAUUCAGAUAUUCUACGAUUCAGUCCAUAUACUCAACGAUGCCUCAAGCCACCUCAGUUUAAUAUUUCUGUUUGUCAAAACUGUGUAAAUGUUACAGUGAAACUUCCACCUCUAUUACUUAAAAUUUAUCAAAAACUUGAUUAUAGAAUCACAGUGGAAACAGCUGAUUUCAAGGAAAAUCGUAUUGAUAAUACAACCCAACAGGAUAGUUUCUUCACUAUUCUUGAAGAUUUGCAUCCAAAUAAAAAUUAUUGCAUUGCUGUUCAGGUGUCUAACAGUUUUAAAUCCCAGUGCACUUCCACCAUUCCAAAAUGUAUUAUGCUUGACUCCAAUAACAGACAAGUUUAUACUAUACUUUCAAUCUUGGCUCUAUUAUUACUAUUCGUGGGACUAAUUCUGGUUUUCCUAUGUAUGACUGGUUUCAUUUACUUUAAAAGGAGAAUAUCACCAAAUGUCUUGAACAUCAAACCUAACAUGGCUUGUUCAGUCUUUGGAUCAGAUCUUGAAGAAAUUUGUGAUGUCCAAGUCCAGGAAAGUAACACAGUGCAACAACAUAGUGAGGAUGAGAACAGUGAAAGCGAUGAUGAGAGUAACUUUGAUACCAAAUGUGGCAUCUUUAACAAGAUUACACCAUUCUCUGAUGUGGCCAUCACUCAGAAGCUGUUCACAGGUUGCUCAGCUACUACGGAUAAAAUAACCAGAACUUUAGCAGAAAAAAAUCAGAAUGAUAUUGGCAAAGGCAGCCCACUUACCCAAUUAUGUCUUUCUGAAGUGAAUUCUGCCCAUGUAGCAGAAUCAGAAUGUACAGACUGCUUAAAUGUAGACUUAAAUACUGUGAUGAUAAGAAUAGCAGCUGAAAAACUGGAUAGUUCUACAUUUGACCAUGAAGAUAUACUACAGUUGAAUGAGCCUUGCAUUUCUGAUGCAUUUGAACCAAACCAGUCCACUGAAAUGCCAGAUAGUCAGAACUUUGAUGUUCAAAGUGCUCUCUGUUCAUGGGAAAAUCUUAGUGUCUCUGGAGAAAGUGAAUCAUCUUAUUCAGAAACAGAAUGCACCAGUGGAUAUAUGAGAAGAUGAAUCCACGAAAAGCAACACAGCUUCCUCUGUCCCCCUCUUUGAAAGGCACCUUUGGGGGGUAGUAAUUUAGAACCGACAAAUAUUUAACUAUUUCUUCAUUCCAAAUUAACCCUAAAAUGAACUUGAGAUUCACUUGAACAAGAAACAGUGUUGGCACUCUGUCUGCAUUUAUAUUGCAUAUGGAACUUUGUUCCUAUAGAUAUCAAAAUAUAAUGUAAUUAAGGUUCGGCAAGAAUUAAUAAAAAGCUGGAAUAUAGUUAAAUGUCAA